AUGCAAAGUGGAGUUGGCGACCCCUCACGACCUGAACAGAGUCAUCUCAAGAGCAUACAAGAAAUAAUUACCCCCUUCUACGGCGACCUCAGUACAUAUGAACAUGUCCGGUCAGCAAAGCGCCAAAGAAAGCAAGAAAAAAUGACGUACAAUCGACUACAGUCAUGUGAAAUUGGACUCGGUCUGUUUCACUUCAAGAUGGCGGCCGCAGACGCAUUCUGGCGCAUCGUGUCGGAGAAGGAGGAAGCGCGGCGCGACAGCAUGUCCUUCAUGAAGGUUGUCGCAAAACUUCGUCCCGAUGACAGCUCGUGGCUUGUCUCGGGCGCCAAAUUCCGCGAGCGCCACAAGCUGAUUGCGGAUGUCGGAACGGUGCUACGCCUGGAUGCCUGGCGAGUCGCGGUUUUGAGGAGCGAGGGGUUUGCAUCGUUGGAGAGCUGGGCAAUGUCGAAGCCUUCGCUGGCGAAGAUAGAGGAGAUUGCGGAGAGACUUGUUAUGAAUUACACUGAGGGCGACGGGAUCGACCUCUACGCGCUGAAGACGCGUUCAUCUGCAACGCGCGAUCAGGUUCAAGAGAAUACAAUCCGGACUCACCACUACAUGCUGUUGUAUGAAGAGCUCUCGUACGCCAUGAAUACUGGGGACAUCAGACGACUCGAGACGGUCUUGGUCCCAUGGAUACUCCUGUUCCGCGCGACAGGGAAGCACAAGUACGGCAAUUAUACCCUCCGUUUCUCGCACGCAUUGUAUUUCAUUUACCCUGAGGGAAAGCAUUUCGCAUUUCGCAUGCUCGUCAACCCAUCAGGAGAGCCGGGAGAAUUUCGCGCCGUUGACUGGGUUAUCGAACUGCUGAACCUAUACAACAAGGACACAUACGGGGGCAGCGGUUCGAACUACACGAAGGAGCGCAUACUCUUUGAGUCAAUUCUUGUCCGUCUCUUCCGAAGCAGUCACGCCAAGUUCGAGAGAAAUUUUUGCAUAAGCGGCCUGAGCCACGCCCAUGCUAAAAAGGACAUGAGGAAGACAUUCAAAGUGGUGCUGGAGUACUUGACAGCGCCGGAACAACUGCCUAAUAAUUACAUAGCUGGUAGGACGUCCAAACAUACGAUUGCCGACAUGGUAGCGCGUGGAUGGGAGCUGCUCCAGAGGGAGACGACGACACAGCAGGAGAUGAGCCAGAUGGGUAGCAAAUUGGAGGAUGCAGGACUGCCGGACGAUGACGAGAAGGGGGAGCUGACUGGAGAGGACCUCAGCACUGAGGAGAUGAUAUAG